UGCGAGACCAAUCGGCAACGGAUCACAGCAUUGGAGUGGAAGGUGCGGGACCUCCGUAAGGUCAUUGCUGACCUCAGUAAACGGCAGCGGCAGCAGGGGGGAGCUUCAUCGACCUCCUCCGACAGCUCAGAGGAGGAGGAGCAGGAGGAGCAAGAGGAGCAGCAGCACCAGCAGGCGGGAGCCUCCUCCUCUGAGAGCUCAUCAGAGGAGGAGGAGGAGGGGCAGGAGGAAGAGCAGCAGCAGCAGCAGCAGCCGCAGAUGGAGGGAGCCUCAUCCCCCUCUGCCCAUAGCACUGAGGAGCAGCAGCAGCAGCAGCAGCAGCAGGAGGGAGCGUUAGCCACCUCUGGCCAAGAAAGUGGUGAGGAGGAGCAGGAGCAGGAGGAAGAGGCCGAGCAGCAGCCACCAGUGCCUCAGAAGAGGAAGGCCUCUUCUUCCGUCCCUCCUGCUGCUGCUGCUGCUGCUGCUGCUGCUGCUGCUGCUGCUUCCAGACCGGAGCAGAGCACCAGUGAGGAGGAAACAGAACGGCUGAGUCCUAAAUUGAGGACAAUUAAAACUGCCCUCAAGCCAUAUUUUUCAGGGAAAAGCAAGGCCUCAAAGCUGAGAAACAUAUGCUUCGGCACCUCAAUUGAGAAGUACAUGGCGUCCUAUGCAGAUUUUGUUUCUUGCCCCGAGGGAACCAGCAAGAUGCAACAAAAUGCGACGUCGAAGACCACCCGGGCAAAAGCCAUAUUGUUUGUGGAGUAUGUGCGGGACAUCCAGCCGAAAUAUUCGAGGGUGUCCCCACAGAAAGUAACAAUGAUCUUCAAGGAGCUAAAGAAGCUUUACAAAGACCUGGGCCGCACGGUGCUGGGCCACCAGUUCAUGGUGAAACAGGAGAAGGGGCAAAGACUGGUGGCCAAAGCCGACCUGGCCAAAUGCCUUCACUCCUUG